CUGAGCAUCGUGAUCGAGCGCAAGCAGCUGCGCGGAGGGGCGCGGGUGCGCUCCGAGAUCUCUGUCGACUGCCGGGCGCUGCUGCGGGGUCUCGUGGCGCUCCUCCUCCUCUCCACGGCGCGCGCGUAUGUGGUCUCCGCCGCGCCGCACCGCCCCUCCGCCGCCGCCGCCGCAUCCGCCCCGGCCGUGCCCCGCUCUGCCCUCCGAUCUGGCGGGUGGGUCCAUGACAGCAGCAGAGCCGCCGGCGGCGGCGGCGGCGGCGGCGGCGGCGGUGGUGGUGGCGGUUGGGCCAUCUCACCGCUCCUUUUCGUCCCUCCGGUCCGCGCACGGGCCAGGCUCGUCUCUGGCUGCGCCUCGGCUGCACCUCGGCUCAUCUCAGCUGCAUCUCGGCUCAUCUCGGCUGCACCUUGGCUCAUCUCGGCUAACAUCUCGGCUCAUCUCGGCUGCAUCUCGGCUGCAUCUCGGCUGCACCUCGGCUGCAUCUCGGCUGCACCUCGGCUGCAUCUCGGCUGCACCUCGGCCGCACCUCGGCUGCAUCUCGGCUGCACCUCGGCCGCACCUCGGCUGCAUCUCGGCUGCACCGCGGGCCAGGUUCGUCGCCGGCUGCCUCGCCGCCGCCGACGGCGCCGCCACAGCAACAGGCCUUCAGCGCUGGCUCCGGACGGCGUUCGCUGAGUCGGUCUGCGCCGUCGCUUUCCCCGGCGCGUUUGGCGCCGUGCGGGCGUGGCACGGACAGCUGUCGGCCGCCGGGAGCGAGGAGCUCGAGGAGGCGGCGAGGCGGGUGGAAGCGGCGCUGGCUGCUUCCCUGCCGGCGGGCUCGUACCGCGUCGAGGCGCGAGAUGUCGCGUUGCGCGGCAAGCGAGCCGACGAUUUGCUCGGACUCCGGGUGGUGCUCGACGGGCACCGCGAGUACGGCGCGGCGGGCGGGUACCGCGAGUACGGCGAGGCGGCGGGCGGGCUGCCGCGGAGGGCUGGCGACCACUCGCGCUGCCUCGCGGUGCGGCAAGUGGCGGGCCGACUUUGGGGCGAGGUCGCCUUCUCGGACUACAUCGCGUCUCCAAAGGCCAACGGGUACUGCUCCCUCCACUCCACCUACGCGCUGCCGUCGGGCACGCCGCUCGAGCUGCAGGCGCGAGAUAGGGGGAGAUAG